AUGAACGAGGAUGAACUGGACGAGCUGGAGGCCAAGCUGGACGACUUGACGCACCAAAACGAUGUGCUUAGACAGGAGAAUGAGCUGCUGGAGUCGUAUUUGCAUCGCAACGGACAGCCCACAACUGGCAGUGACGACGAAGAGAAAAAUGCUGAUAAAGACAAGAAGAUCAGCGGGUCCAGACAGCGUCGUGUUCGUACGCAGGUGAUGCUCACGAUCGAGCAGAAGAACGACAUCUGCAGUACGGAGCUGGAGGCAGCACAAAAGGAGCUCGAGGAGACCAAACGCUCGUCCGAACGGCUCAUUGACACGCUACGUGCUGUCCUGGAAGAGACAGAUAUCCGCAUUGCAGAACUCAAGAAGGACGCGUACGAGUUCAAACGCGACAUUGUCGUGGGCGCUGAGAACUUCCGCACGGGUAAAACGAUCGCUGAAAAGAUGAUCCGAUACAUGGAGGAGAAGCUGCGUCAGAAGGACGCCGUUGUCGAGAAACUUCGGCUUAAGAACGCAACACUUAAAAGUCAAGCCCAGAAGAUCGACGCUCAGCUCCGUCACAAGGAAGAAAUGGGUGACGCGUUGCAUUACAUCGACUUCCAUCAACUUCAGAUCGAGAACAAGCAGUACGUCGCUAAGAUCGAGGAGCGUAACGAAGAGCUGCUGCGUCUUAAGCAGACGACUGGAAACACUGUCCAAGUACUGAAUAAUCUUAAGAAACGUCUGCACGAACUACUCGAAGAGAGCGCGUGGCUUCAAGGUGAGAUCCGUACACGCACCGAACUGAACGAAAAGAUCGUUGAAGAGAUCGCGCUCGUGGAGGAGAAGAACCAGAAAGACAUGAGACGUUUGCAGUCCUUACAGAUCCAGCAGUCUGCAGAACCAAGCAAAGACAUGCCCCAGAUCCUGGACUACGUGGCUCAAAAGGCCAAAAUGUAUGAACUGCAGCAGGACCUCAAGAACUACGAGCGGAAGGUCGAGAUCGCUGAGCGUGCCGCCAGGCUCAGUCGAGUCAAACGACUGCAAGAGCAACGCUAG